ACGUUAGUUACUUCCGAAAUAGAAAAAAAAAAUCAUCGAUUCUGUUACGGAUGAAUAAAAGAAUGUUUCCAUCAUGACGUCAUCAGAGAUAUGUGUUAAUAUGGUCAAGUGUUUGGAGAAUGUCUGGAGUGAUCAAAUGUUGUUUGACUUUGUGGUUAAGAUCGCAGACGAAACUAUCGAAUGUCAUCGGCUAAUCCUAGCUGCAUGCUCGGAAUUUUUUAAGGGCCUCUUCCGUUCCGGCAUGCGAGAAGUCACGGAGAAUUGUGUUGUAUUGGAAGAUAUUUCCAGUGACGUAUUUAAGAUCAUUCUGAAAAUUGUAUACACAGGUUCUAAUCUGUUGACUUUAGAAAAUAAUUUUGAAGUCUGGCGCGCGGUUCAUCAGCUACAGAUCCCAUUUUUAGUGAAUUUGUGCGAGACUUUUGCUAUAGAAGCACUUACAGUAGAUACUUGGGGCAAUAUUUACACAAAUGCUAAACUUUUAGAUUCGAAAAGAGUUCUUAAAGGGCUUCAAACUUUCAUGUUAAAAAACUUUGAACAAGUCAGUCUUUCAACAACAUUUCUGCAAAUGUCUUUCAGUGAAGUUCGUGAUUUGAUACAGAGUCAAGACCUCGUAGUUGCUAGUGAGGAUAUAGUCCUAGAGUCUGUGAUAAGAUGGGUCGGUUUUAUACCUCAUAGUGAGCUUAACAGAAACAACGUUUUGGAAACUCAUUCUAAACCUAAUAUGAACGGAAAUGAUCCAAUUACUGAAACAACAUUGGUUGAUAAAAAUCACGGCGACAUUACAAAAAGCAUUGAAGAAAAUAACACAAAUGCUAUAAUUGAGGCAAACUCUAUUAUUGAAACAAAUCCCGAGUUGAAAGAUUACCGUAGUGAUAAGUCUCGUGAUAUUCUACCUGACUAUUCUUCUAGGAAAGAUAAACUUACAGAGUUGUUGCAGCACGUGAGGACGUGUCUUGUAAGUCCAUCUGUUUUAUCUCAUGUCUACAAAAUGAAAAUCAUUUCUGAAAGUAAUGUGUUAAUGAAUAUUAUAUUUGAUGCGAUAUACUAUGUUCAAAACUUUAGACACGGUCAGUGGCCAACGGCUGCUAUCCAACGAUCUUGUAGUAAAUAUUUUGAAGCUGGAGUACUCGAACAAAACGAUGGUGAAUUUACUGUGCUAAACGUACUCGAAUACAAAUUGUAUGAUAUUCCAAAAUGUAAAUUUCUACAAGAAAAUGUUCAGCUCGUCUCUUUUGACGGUGAACUUUUUGCUACAGGGAGGCAACUCAACCAACCCAAUGGACCUUGUAAACUUUUUGUAUUUUGCGACAAAUACUGGUUGGAGGUUCUGUCAAUGCCAGGACCGAAUUUGCUCUUGUUGUCACAUGAUCAAUUUAUUUACAUUUUUAACAAGGACAAUCAAAUCAUUUACAGAAUACAGCCAAAGCAAAAACUACCUAUUUUAGAAACGUUUACACUGCUCCCGAAAAAUGCUGAAAUUAAACAUUCGAUGAACUUUGAAAAGUUUAUUUUAAUAUUUUGCUCUGAAACUGACAAUGGCAUAGACAAAACAGCUGUCCAUAAAUUAGAUAUUUCAUCCAAAAUUUGGACUAAAUUAGCCAUCCUGGAUGGAGCAGCUGAACACAUAAUUAGUUUCAAGAACGAUAACUACUGCUAUGUUUUACAAGCCGACGGAUGUUUGUGGACUAUUUUAAAUUCAAAUUCAAACUCGAUCAUUGAACUAAAAUUUGUUUUAAAACUUUGGAAUAUACAAAAAAUCUUAUACGGCGCUUUGGCAUACAGGGACCUACUUAUUAUUGGAUUUGAUUGCCCGAGUCCUUCAACAAUACACGUGGAUAGAGUAAAAAUAGUUCCUGGACACUUUCAAGAGAUAAAAUACUGGACAUGUAAAGAUAAAUGUUCAAAUUUAAUUCCUAUCACAUUACCGAAAAAGUAUAUAUCUUAAACUUACUGCUUAGGAUUGUUUCCAACUUAUACUUGACUGUUUAAUUUACCUCUUUUAAAACAAGAGAUUGAUCCUCUAAGAUGUCAUUUUUACUCAUCAGUUAUAUCUAUACCAUUUUUAUGAAAUAAAGCUGCAUCUUUAAAUUUAGUUAAAACAAAUAUCAAAAUAAUAAAAUUAAAUAAUUUCUAUAGUAAGACAAGCAGAUUUUUUUUUUUUACUUUAAAUUUUGUAAUGAAAUUAAACUUUUACAUUUUUUUUAGAUAUAUCUUACAAAUAAACAAAAAGUUUUUGCUUAUUCAAGAAACAGCUGGUGGCAACAAUACGUGAUAGGUGAACCAUGUGUAUUUACCCAAACAGGCCUACUGUAAUUUGCAUGUUAGUAAUUUAAAAACAUCUUUAACUGGUGAUUUGAAUAACACCGUGUAUUAGUGAUACAAAUAUAAAUAUUGGGGCAUUUUGUGUAGUUAAAUCUAUAACUUUUUCAGUUUAAAUUAAAAAAAAUAUUUUUCCAAUUUGUUGAAUUUAGAGAAGAGGUAGCCUGUCGUAUUAUUGAUGUUUUUUAAAAAUCAAGUCGAAUUGUUACAGAUAGAUUGUCUCUGUUAGCUGGACUUAGACUUGUGUUUAUCGUCGCCUGGCAUUUGAGUCGUUUUACACACAAAAACACUUAUAUUUAUAAAAUGUAUUCUAAAUGCAUUCAAUUCUUUAAAUACAUUUUAAAAAGUUAUAUUUACCAGAACAGAAUAUUUACAACUGAUUGUCUGCGAAUGUCAAAAACAUGCUUU